GUUGCUAGUGAUGAUAAAUCUUAUUGUAAAAAUCUAUUUCAUAAUCUAUCGAAUAUUUUUGUUACACCACAAUCAUUUUCUAUUGGGGAUGAUUUAAUUACACUUUCACUUUGUGAACAUUCAAUCAUAACAGGUGGAACAUUUGGAUGGUGGACAGGUUAUCUUGCUAAUGGUCAAGUAGUUCAUGAUAAAAUAUAUCCAUCUGGAUGUGAAAGACGGGAAUAUUACUAUCCACCAUGGUUUCUGAUAGAUGGAAAAGUUCGAGCCCAUAAAAAUAGUAAAAACAUUUUGUAA